AUGAAAACUAAGGGAGUGCUCGUGAAGGCGGCUCUAGCCCUUUGCAGCUGCUUAGGUAUUGCCUUUGGAGUUGUGCUUGACUGCAGCCAGUAUCCCGGUGUCGUCGGCGAGGAUGGGACUAUUUCAGUAGCUUGCCCCAGGAUCUUCGAGCCAGUCUGCGGCACUGAUGGUAUCACAUACAACCACGAGUGUGAGAUCUGCUCCUACAACCAGGACCACAACACAAGUGUGAAGAAGGCACAUGAUGGAAAAUGCAAACCAGAACCUACUACGAUUGACUGCAGCAGGUACCGAAGAACUGAAAUAGAUGGUCACGUCCUGGUAGCAUGCCCAAGGAUACUGAAACCAGUCUGUGGCUCAGAUGGCUUCACUUAUAACAGUGAAUGUGUGAUCUGUGCCCAUAACACAGAGCAUCAAACCAACAUUAGCAAAAUCCAUGAUGGAGAAUGCGAGCAGGUUGCCACUGUUGACUGCAACUACCCAACAAUAAUCAAAGAUGGUGAAGUACUAGUAUCCUGUCCAAGGAACCUGAGUCCAGUUUGCGGCACAGAUGGCAUUACAUAUGAUAAUGAAUGUGGGAUCUGUGCCCACAACGGAAAACACGGGACUCAUGUUGGCAAAAAGCAUGAUGGAGAGUGCAGACAGGAGACUUCUGAGAUUGAUUGCAGUCAAUACCCGUCGGUGGUUAAGGAUGGUAAAGCCCUGCUAAUCUGUCCAAGGAUUCUGCUCCCAGUCUGUGGCACAGAUGGAUUUACUUAUGAGAACGAAUGUGGCAUCUGUGCCCAUAACCUAGAACACAGGACGGACGUUAAGAAAAGCCAUAAGGGAAGAUGCAACGAAGAAAGCCCUCCUGUUGACUGCAACACAUACCUGCGCCAUACUGAAAAUGGCAAAACCGUCGCAGCCUGCCCUUUGAUCCUGAGAGAGAUCUGUGGGACAGAUGGUGUCACCUACGACAAUGACUGUGCCCUGUGUGCCCACAACGCUGAAUUUGGAACCAAUGUUGCCAAGAAGCAUAGUGGAAGGUGUACAGAGGAAGUUCACCAGCUUGACUGCAGCCGGUACCCCACUUCCACGCUGCGCAGUGGCAAACAGCUGGUGGCCUGCACAAUGAUCUACGAUCCUGUCUGCGGUACCGAUGGCAUCACCUAUGCCAGCGAGUGUACGCUGUGCGCCCACAACCUGUUGCAUCAGACCAACCUUGGCAAAAGAAAGAAUGGACGCUGUGAAGAGGAUAUCACAAGAGAGCACUGCAAGGGCAUUGAAGAAGUAUCUCCAAUCUGCACCUUGGAAAAUAGGCCUCACUGCGGCUCUGACGGCAAAACAUACAGCAACAGAUGUCUUUUCUGCAAUGCCUACCUGGAAAGCAAUAGGACUCUCAACCUCGUGAGUAUGACUGAAUGUUAA